GCACAUAACGGGCAGCGCGCACUUGGAGGCGGCUGCUCUAGAUCUCAGGCUGGGACUGACGGGCACCGCGAGCCCUAGGCACCCCACAAGCUGAGUGCAGGACGGGCUCCCACCACACCCACCCCACGGCUGCUGAAUGAGGCUUCUAGGCGUCCCGUUGCUGGCCGCAGCGCCCAGCCGAAGGUCCGCCCUCUGAGGCGCGGCCAGUGAGCCCGCAGCCCGUGCGCUCACCUGCCAGCCUGCGCGCCAUGGGGCAACCGGGGAACCGCACCGUCUUCUUGCUGGUGUCCAACGGAAGCCAUGCACCGGGCCAAGACGUCGCGCAGGAACGGGACGAGACGUGGGUUGUGGGCAUGGCCAUCCUCAUGUCGCUCAUCGUCCUGGCCAUCGUGUUUGGAAACGUGCUGGUCAUCACAGCCAUUGCCAAGUUCGAGCGUCUGCAGACGGUCACCAACUACUUCAUCACCUCCUUGGCCUGUGCUGACCUGGUCAUGGGCCUGGCGGUGGUGCCCUUUGGGGCCAGCCACAUCCUUAUGAAAAUGUGGGCUUUUGGCAAUUUCUGGUGCGAGUUUUGGACUUCCAUUGACGUGCUGUGCGUCACGGCCAGCAUUGAGACCCUGUGCGUGAUCGCGGUGGAUCGCUACUUUGCCAUCACGUCACCCUUCAAGUACCAGAGCCUGCUGACCAAGAAUAAGGCCCGGGUGGUCAUUCUGCUGGUGUGGAUCGUGUCAGGCCUCACCUCCUUCUUGCCCAUCAAGAUGCACUGGUACCGGGCCACCCACGAAGACGCCAUCAAGUGCUAUGCCAGAGAGACCUGCUGUGACUUCUUCACGAACCAGGCUUACGCCAUUGCCUCCUCCAUCGUUUCCUUUUACCUGCCCCUGGUGGUCAUGGUCUUCGUCUACUCCAGGGUCUUCCAGGUGGCCAAAAGGCAACUCCAAAGGAUCGACAAAUUCGAGGGCCGCUUCCAUGCCCAAAACCUCAGCCAAGUGGAGGAUGGGAGGAGCGGGCAUGGACAUCGCAGGUCCUCCAAGUUCUGCUUGAAGGAACACAAAGCCCUCAAGACUUUGGGCAUCAUCAUGGGCACGUUCACCCUGUGCUGGCUGCCCUUUUUCAUCGUCAACAUUGUGCACGUGAUCCAGGAUAACCUCAUCCCCAAGAACGUUUACAUCUUCCUAAACUGGGUGGGCUACGUCAACUCUGCUUUCAACCCCCUCAUCUACUGCCGGAGCCCCGAUUUCAGGAGCGCCUUCCAGGAGCUUCUGUGCCUGCGCAGGUCUUCUCUGAAGGCCUAUGGGAAUGGCUACUCCAAUAGCAAUGACAAGUCUACACAAGACUACACAGGGGAGUCCAGUGGAUAUCACCUGGGACAGGAGAAAGACAGCAAACUGCUAUGCGAGGAUGCCCGGGGCAGGGAAGACUUUGUGAACCGUCAAGGUACUGUGCCUAAUGAUAGAAUUGAUGCACAAGGGAGGAAUUGUAGUACAAAUGACUCACUGCUCUAAUGCAGCUUUUCUACUUUUUCAGACCCCCUUCCCUGACAAGACACUAAGCAGACUAUUUAACUUAAGUGUAAUAAAUUUAGAAUGAAAUUGUAUAGAGAUGUGCAGGAGGAAGAACAUCCUUCUGCCUUUUUUUUAUUUUUGUAAGCUGUAAAAAAGAGAACACUUAUUGGAGUGGUUGUUUCUUGUACAGUUCAGUUCCUCUUUGCAUGGAACUUGUCCGCGUGUGUCUGAAGGGCUUCAGUCCCAGAGGACCUGGGGCUGCUAUGUUUUGAUGACUUUUCUGCGUAUCUACCUCAUCAGUCAAGUAUUAGGGGUAAUCUAUUGCUGCUGGUAAUGUGUAUCUGAAGGAGACCUUCCUUCCUGCCCCCUCGGAUGGAGGAUCCGGAGUAGCCUGGACCUGACAGCUGUGAACACGCUCCUCUUAUUUGCUGAAACAGGGUGUUGUGGGCAGGUAUUUCAGGGGUAGCUUCAGUUGUUUUCCUGAGCAAAGUCUAAAGUUUACAGUAAAUAAAUUGUUUGACCAUGACUUCAUUGCACCUGUUUCUCCAAAACCCCUCGACUGGAGUGUGCUUGCCUCCCCCGCUGGAAACCACAGCCACAGGGAAGGAUUUUUCAUGGUUCACCGGCGAGGGACAGACCCUGAGCCAGUGCUCUGUUCACUCCAUUCUGCUGCCUUCCGAGCGCACCUUCCAGCUGCCCAGAUACUGACUAUGGGCUGAACUGUUGGGGAGGGUUUAUCAAUGGAAGCCAGGCCUGGGAGCUGUUACUGCCUGUUUGUGGAGAGAUAAUGCUGUUAGAAGGCGCAUGAGGGAAAAUCACAAAAGUAAACACAUUUCUUCUCUCACCCCCUUUCUAUUUUUGCCUGUGUGUCUGAGCCAGGGCUUGGCCCAGGUUUGACCGGGUGGAGCGUCCUCCUUGGCAACGCUAGCCUGGAGAUCAGCCUGCAGGGUUCAUUGCCAUUUCACUCGCUUAUAAAGCUGAUUCCACGUUUCUCUUCCCUCUGUCCCAGCCACGGUCCCCAACCAGAAAAGCACUGGCCCCUUCUGCUUCCUGUCAGUUCAGUGCUGGGUGUCUGGGUGAGCGCUGAGCUCUCGGGAGAAAGUUGGGUGCCUAUGAUUUUGGAAUGGACGGUGGAGAAUUGGAGAGUGUCUGCCAUUCAGCACCUUUCCUCUUUCUCCAAAGGCUUUCAUACCUGUUAUCACAUUCCCCUUCUCCUGCUCUGGGCCCCACACCUAGAGAUGCAGGCAGCUUCUCCAGCUAAUCCCCCACUCCUCGUAGCCUCACGGAUCUUGGACUUGGAAGAGCCCAUAGAAAGCAUUCGACAUCGGCAGAGACCAAAAGCCUACAAGGGGGAAUGACCUGCUCAAGCGCUGUGAGGGGAAGACUAGAGUUUCUGAAUGUGUUCAUUUAUCCAGGAAGCGAAAACAAUUUUUUGAAAAUCACAGCAGCAACACCCAUGACGAAGCAAAAGCGGAGUCCCCAGGAGCCCCUGUUUCCUUCCAGCCAUUACUGAUCUCGCAGCCCGGGCCUGGUGUCCCAGAGCACAGAGGCCCUUCCCGGGGAGUUGCCCUCACCAUCCCCAUUCUGUCUCCGUUCUCCUGCCCACUUUUCUCUCUAUAAAACGCCUAUUAGAUGUUUCUAAAUAUUGCAGACAAGCCUGCUUUGUUUGGUUUGUUUUGUUUUGUGGGAGAGGUACUCACUGUUCUCGUGAGAUGUAUUGCGCCCAUAAGCCUGUGCUGCCCACAAACAGUUAGGCUCCCUUGCCGGUGUAAGUUCCGCCGUGUUUCUCUAGAAAUACAGCUGCUCACCUGGCUCCCUCAGCCCCAGAGAACAGGCGGCUCAGGCUCCAGGGCCCGGGUGGCCAGCCUUAGAGAUCUCUUUCUGAAGGACCGUGGAAGGGCUAGUGGGGUCAGUUUUGGUGUGAAUCUCCUGACAGUAUUUUAUUUUACUGCAGUAGGUCCCAAACCUGGCGGAGAGCCCCAGCAGUGAUUGGGGGGAAAUUCUGAGAAAUUGCACAUUCCUGAUGCCCCUCCCCCUCUCCCUGCACCCUCUCUCCCCCGCCCCUGAGAUUCUGAUCUAACAGGCUGUGGUUGAGGGCCAGCGAUUGGGUUUUGCCACAGCUUCCUGUAGAGGACGGUGAGUCAGGUGCUCUGAGGAUCGCAUUCGGGGACCUAGAAAUUACACUGCCUUCCCCUUCCCACCCUUCCCUGCCCAAGAGGAUGUAGGAUGUAGGCAUGGAAAACAUGAUCCCGCACAGCUGCGUGCAUUCACCAAAAUAAUGCCGCUGCCAACCAACGCGAUUCUAACUUUCCUGUUAGCAAGUAAAACAAUGUAGGUGAAAACAAUUUAAAAAUACAACGUGACUAGAGAGAAGGAAGGUGAUAAUUAAGAGCCUUGAGCAAUCGGGCACUUGAUUACAAAUGUGUUUUGUGACAACAGUUAUGCCUCCCAGUAGCAUCGUGGUCACGUGGUCCCAGAGCCUCUGCCUGAAGACCAGGAAGGAACAGCCCAGGAAGAGAGGGGGAUGUUGCUCCAUGAUGGGCCCCUUGUCCAGUGCCCCUUGCUCCUGGACACUCUGCCUUGGUCAAGGCAAAUCACACUGAGGUCUGUGUGAAUCAAUUUGCCUAAUGUACACACCCCUCCUACUUCAAAAUCAGAAGGGGGACCCGCCCAGCUGCAGAGAAGGGUAUGACUCAUACAUAUACAUUCACCUCCCAGAUAAACACAGUGACACACACACAGACUUGGUCAUUGAUGCCAACAGCCAUAUCGACACAGAUACCCACGUGCAUUUUCACAUACAUAGAUGUUCACUGGGAGGUUUUUCUGUGUCUACUUCCAUGUGAAUAUGCACAUCCCUAGAGGACACAGAUGCACUCGGGUCUAAUCAUUCUUCCUUAGAUAAAUACACAUGCGGGUUCCCCAAAACACUUCCGUGCGCUCCAAAUCAGCGAACAUGCCAUGCCUAGUAGUCAUGGUCCCACGGCUACCUCAGGGCUAUGUAAGGGCAGGCUCAUACACUGACCCCUCUUCCUGGGUAAGUAUAUGAACCCUUAAUUCAAUGCAUGGCCACUGUGUUCUUCCUGAGUCUGCGUAAUGGGAGAGAGAUGUUUUGAAAAAUUAUGCAAAGUUGCAAGUGGGAUAGCUGCUAAGAAGGAGAUACAGGUGUUUUGGGGGCAUCUUCUAGUAAGACGGAGAGCUCAGUAAAGGUUCUCCCGGGGAGGUCAGGUUUUGGCUGAGAGCUAAGGAAGGCCAGAUCAUUUCUAGAGGAAGAGAGGAGAGAAGAAUAUGCGACUCAGGGAGAAAGGCACAUGCAAAGGCCCUGUGCUGGAAGGAAGCCUGUCGUGCAUAAGAAGUUCUAAGAGAAGGUCAGUACAGCCGGUGUGCAGAGGGAGAGCACAGCAGAUGCAGGAUGAAGCUCCCCAAGGGGGCAGGGGCCACACCUGAAGGUCUUUAUCCUAAGAGCAUUUAGAAGCCAUCGCUAUGUGUAGAGCAGAGAUCCGAUUUGAACUUUGAGACGAUCUCUGACAGUAUGCCCACUCAAACGAAAGCACUCUUGCGUAGAUCGGUGCACACAUAUGGGCUCACAGGCACACUGUGUGUUUCUUAGAAAUGCACGCUUACAUAUGAGCGUUCACUGGCAGAUGCUGCCUCUGUGAACACACCCGUAUGUAUUACACACAGGGUGUAUAUAAACCCAGUGGGCGUUGGGUACCAUCAGGACUAGGCUUGUCCUUGGCGAGGGAUGGGGAAGUGGCGCAUCAGAGCCGAGCCCUCUGACUUUGGAGCCUUGGGCUUUGCGGCUUGGCCUCACGCGUGUGCCUCCAGCUCUGCUCCCCCUCCUCUCGGCUCAGAGCACCCAGUGACAAGGUGGGGUUUCUUCCAGAACACGAUCAUUGACUAUUCUUGGCCCAGGCAAGGAGGGGAGGAUGGGCAGGUCGGGUUGCAUAAAGAUUGCCUUGUGCCUUCCCAGAGUCGUAAGCAGAACCUCCGGCCAGCUCCAAGCCCCGAGUGCUCUUUGCAGAGAGUUGGCAAUAGAGAGAAGUAAACAGAAGCAUGGGAAUCAGAGGUCUGUGGGUCCUGGUGGGGACCGUGUGGGGCUGGAAGUAGUAUGUUCCAUAAGGGACCACUGCGGGGAAUGUGACACUGGAGGAAGGAACAGACAAAGCCCGGCAGGAAAGCCCUCUUCAGGCACGAGGUCUGACGCGGUGCCCUGCUGCCUUGGCUCGGCAGACUCUCGUACACACAUAUUUACGCAUUAACGAAUUUGCCUCCAGUGGGUGUAGCAUCUCACAGCAGAGGAAGUAGCAAGUCACUUAGCAGCCACACACCCUGCCUUACUUUCCCUCCAAUGAAUUAGAACUACGCUUGUGUGCAUUUGGCUCCUGUGUACCAGCAAAGCCAGCAAGGGCCUGGGCCAGGCCAGAAACAGACUCGGGGAGAUCAAUAGGAACAUUCAGGCCAAAUUGAAGGCUCACUACGGCCUUACAUGUUGGGGCCAUCAAGAUGCUCCCAGGUGAAUCUGCAUAGUCCCAAAACUCCUCCCACGGAGACUGUAUGUCUUCAAGUGUGCGCUUGGCAAAUGUUUUCUUCCACGAUUAAAAGGAAUUAUAUAAUGUAAUGUGAAGCUCUUUUUAUUUUGCUUCAGGCUGUGCAAGGAACAUCUUUCUUUGCUCCCAGUUGGGUGCUAUUUUGUGCUCUCUUGGCAGCAACCUGCCAGAUCCAUCAAGCGCUGAGGGCCAGAGCACUGUGCUCAAGGGGACACUGUGUCGUAACCCUCUCUCGUAUUGAUCCAGCUCUUGGCCAUUCACAGAGGGCUUUUAUAUCUGCUGUCUUAUCCAGUCCUCACAAAUCUGAGGUCAACAUGGUUGUUCCCAUUUCACAGACAAAAAGACUGAGGUUAAAAGACUUGUCUAAGGGCAUGGAUGGGGCCUUGAACAUAGAUCUUUAUACUUAUCCUCAGGAAGCAACACAAGUUAGACUGCACUCUGCUAUCCUCCUGGAACCCAGGGCCCUCCUUGCUGUACUUCUCUGUAUUUUAUCUUAUAAAUAAACUAGGGGCCUGGUGCACAAAAUUCGUGCAUGGCUAGGGUCCCUAGGCCUGGUUGGCGAUCAGGGCCGAUAGGGGCCUUCCAGAUGCCGGCCCGGGACUCCCUUCCCCAGCUGCUGGCUGCUGACUGGGGCCUUCCUUCGUUCUGUGCCACCCCCUGGUGGUCAGCGCACAUCAUAACGAGCGGUCUGCGGUUGAACUCCCGAGGGGACACUUUGCAUUAUUAGCCUUACAUAUAUAUAGAUUCAGCAUUAACACCCCCCACCCCCAUACAUGCACACACCCAGCACUGAAGCCACAGCUGCCAAGCUGCAGAUAAUCUCCUGCUCAGGGGCAGUCCCCAGGAUGCUUUCAAUAUUGACAAGCCCCAACCAUGGGUGAGUUCAUGUUCGGUGGUGGCAGCGUCACUAUGUCUUAGAGCAAAAUCUCCAAGUCUUUCUGGUCCCGCGUGCCAGACACCAGAUGCACGUUCACCAGGUCAGAGUGAUGGGAUGCUAUGUCCUGCUUCCUAUACCUGCCCUGCCACUGAGGCUGCCCUUGUUCACGUUGCCUAAUUCCUCUGGAUCAGGAAGUUUCUGUGGGAAGACCCGGCGUGAUCUGCCCCACUCCCACACCCAUUGGGCACAGGCCAGCCUGCUGCGAAGGGCCAAGUUCCACACCUCGAUAAAAAUUGCAGGCUCCCAGAAGUAUUUCAGCUUCUGGAAAAUGGCUCGUGUUUGGUUGAAAUGUUUUAUUUUAGUCAUAGCAAUUAGAUGUUCUUGUUUUGCACAGGCAUCUACCAACGGAAUUGGCUUCAACACAGGUGAGCAGGAUUUAAUGGGUCUGGGAAAACGUGCGGUAGAUGACAAAUCCCAACCGUGAGGAAAACUCCCAUUGGCAAGCUCCUCUUUUCAGAGCAUCAGCUUAUCUGGUUUGCUUCGCUUUCCAGAGUGUGAUUAAGUCAUUAAUUCAUUUAUUCAAAGAUCUUUGAACACUUACCUAUGCUGGCACCUGUGCCGGCUACCAGAGGUACAACCAUGACCAAGGUAAAUAUGAUUGGUCCCUAUUUUUUGAAGCUUCUUACAGUUGAGUGGAGAAGACAGACAAUAAAGGGGAUUAUAAAUGAUGUUUGGAUCAAGCUCCCUAAUACUAACACCAGAGAAACUUAAAUAUACUGAUGAACAGGGGUGAGGGAGGGAAAAUUGGUUUCUGGAGUUACCCAGUGGGUUCGGAAAGCUAUCUGGUACCUGUCAACCACAGACUGGCCACUAACCAUUCAUAACAAUAUUACUAUUUUCCUUUUAAAAACAUGACGGAAAAAAAUGGAAUUGAAGGUGGCUCCCAAGGUCAUCAGUUGUCUCAGUCAUAGUCCACCCCUGGACUACUGUGUCCAGUUCUUAGGGAAACGUCUUUGCAGGGAAGAAGGGCAUUUGGGCCCUUCUAGGCUUGCCAGAUUUAGCAAAUAAAAAUACAGGGCCUGCAGUUCAAUUUGUAUUUCAGAUAAGCAAGGAGUUCUCUUAUCAUGUAGGUAUGUUCUGAAUAUUACAUGGAAGAUACUUAUACCCCCACUUCCUCCUAAAAAAGAUCAUUUAUCUGAAAUUCAAUUUAAAGGGGCAUCCUGUAUUUUAAUCUGAUGGCCCUACUAGAGAACAGGAACUAAGAUCCUGAAAUAAAUAGUUGAAGGAGCCUGGUUUUUUAGCUUGGAGACAAUGUUAGGGAGAACCUGGAUUUGUGUAGGGAAGCAUUUUCCAAACAGCAUUUCUGAUGGUCUAUAUGGAAAACAGUAAGGAGCCCUGGGAGAAAAAAUAAAAAGUGUGGGAGGUCAAACCCUUGGGAAACGUUGCUCGCCCAGUGCUUUCUGCUGGCGCUCACGCUCUGCACAGCAUAGUAACAGUUGCGAACAAACAGUCUUGCAGGAAACGUACCUGGUUGACCCGCUUUCACCUAGCAUGCCCACAGAAUGCUGUUUACGGGCUUCUGUCUGUUUGUUUUGAUGUGUUUGUUUUAGAGAGGACACCUAUUCACAGCGGGCAAACUUCUGACUCUGCUGAGCACACUUGGCGGGACCCCGGUAUCAAAAGUGAAAGUUGUCUUCAAAUGAUCCCGCGUGCUGCUGGGAGGAAACCCGUUGAGUUUUUGCAAACCAAAGGGCAGAUCUGGACCCAAUGCACAGGUAGCAGACGAAUACUGGGACUUUCUAAAAAUUACAAUAGUCUGCAAGGUCGCCAGCUUCCUGUUCCUGGACACAUUAAAGCAGAAACACAAUGCCAUCGGGGACACUAGAGGAAAUUCCUGUCCUGUGUGGGACAUCCUCAGGGCCUGCUCUGAAAGGUGUGUACACAUAAAACACAAGGGGGCUUCCUCCAGCAAACCCUCUUUAAAACUAUGUCCCAGGCUCUAUUUCUCUUCUGUAGUCUGAGUCCAAUCCUUUGGAUUCGCUCUUGCUGUGUUCCCUUCAGAGCUAUGGACCAACCAAACUCCUCAAGGUCAGUCCUGGCCAGCGAAUGAUCUUUGCUCUGCUCUGGGCCCCUUCAUAGCCAGGCCCAGCACCGUGGGUCUUGGCUGCCAGGAAUCCCACCCUGAGCCUCUAGGUGGGGCUUAUAAACCUCAGAUGCAACAGGGAGCUCACUGUUGAGCUUAGCAGCCCAGGGAAGGGUGGGGUCUGAGAAACCUGGCCCCACAGUCCUCUAUGCUUGUGAGACCUGCCCUCCCCACCCACAUAGUAUCCACAGUGGAGUCAAGAUCACCACAUAGCAGAGGCACUUGGCAUAAUAGAAGUGAGCAGAAGGUCAGAUCCCAACUCUGCCACCUUCCUGAGUCUAGGAUCUGGACACAUUUCUGUAUUUCUCUCUGGAAAGAAAGAAAAGAAAAGAAGCGAUACACUGCAUCACAGUCUUAUGAAAAUUAAGAGAGAUUAAAAGUACAUAACAGACCCCGCAGAGUGGACAUUCAGUAAAUGUUUAUCUAAUGGAUGAUUGUGACCAUGAUAGCAAAAACUGUCCAAGAAGGUAAAGCUCUUCUUUAGAAAUUCACUGAUUAGCGUGCCAAGAUGUCAGGCCCCUGCCAAGGCCAUAAACUGGAGAUUGUCUAGCUCUCUACCCCAGCCGUGGGCAAACUACGGCCCGCGGGCCAGAUCCGGCCCGUUUGAAAUGAAUAAAACUAAAAAAAAAAAGACCGUACCCUUUUAUGUAAUGAUGUUUACUUUGAAUUUAUAUUAGUUCACACAAACACUCCAUCCAUGCUUUUGUUCCGGCCCUCCGGUCCAGUUAAGAACCCAUUGUGGCUCUCGAGUCAAAAAGUUUGCCCACCCCUGGUCUACCCCCUUCCUUUCAAGAGUCUGUGCUUGAGAACAGAAAGUAAGGCAUGGGAUACCCUGGCCAGUUUGGCUCAGUGGGUAGAAGGUUGGCCUGCAGACUGAAGGGUCCUGGCUUCAAUUCUGGCCAAGGGCACAUGCCCAGGUUGUUAGCUUGAUCCUCAGUGGGGAUCAUGCAGGAGGCAGCCGAUCAAUGAUUGUCUCUCAUCAUUUAUGUUUCUAUCUCUCUCCUUCUCCCUUCCUCUCUGACAUCAAUAAAAAUAUUUUUUUAAAUAAAGUAAGGCAUGUGUACUACAGCAUGCUGCUUUCCUUUCACAGUCUAGACAGAGCACUGGCCCUUCGUGACCCAGUCCUCAUCUGCAUGGCAAAGGGGUUGGAGUAGAGUUGCUUCUAGGUUCUGUGAACUGUGCCUUUGAAUCGGGGUGGUGAAUUCAGAUACUUAAGUAAUAUUAAUGGUCCAUACUACGUAAUGGAAAAAAAAGACCUCGCCAAACUAAAGCAGUGUGUGUGUGUGUGUGUGUGUGUGUGUACAUGGCAACACACAAUAUACACAAGGGGCUUUGAAAUCACUUUACCUGACCCCUGCGGUUGUGCCUGAAUACAGGUAUGGCAAAUAAAGAGUUGAACCCAGACUGAGUUGUGAAGGAGUGAGAUGAACCCUGACCUCCGAAUGGGAAGAGCGGGGUUCGAGUCCCAGCCCUGACUCUGUGGGACAGCUCCCUCCCCAUCUCCCGGGAGGUGGCACCGUCCCUCCCCAUCUUCACGUGAGGGGCGUGGUCCCAGCAUCUCCAGGCGCUGUGUCUUGGGAAAGAGCCUCUGAUCUAUUUUCGUUGGACAUGCAUGCUCUCCAGGAGGAUUACCAUUCGGCUGACUCAACCGGGCUUAUUCCUUUUGUCUGAUCGCUCUGCUGUCAUAAGGCAAGCUCCGCGGCCAGUUUUAGCCCUUCUUGGAUUAAGGGAGUGUCCAAAUGAAGGUACUGGAGUAUUGGUCACGGUUUCUGCCUGGGACACUUGCCUCCCCCUCCCCUCCCCACCCCACCCUGACGCUCCCUUCCAUCUGGCACAGGCACAGCACAGCCCUCCUGCUCCGUGGAUGACACGCUAAGUAGAGUCUGGUUUUCACAUUAGCUGAGAGGAGGCCCUGAAGUCAGAAAUCCUUGGCACAUGAGUCAUUUGGUCUCUUUGUGCCUUAUUUCCCCAACUCUGAGUAGGCGGAGCUCGCACUCUGUCUCCCUGUGUGCUGUGGGCUCCUGCGAGGUGGCCCUUCCCCAUGGGCAGGGGCAGGUCCCUGCUUUCACAGGGGAGCUCACUUGGAAAGCCACAGCCCAGGGGGAUUCUCUAGUAAAACUCGGUGUCUCUCUGUCUCUCCGCUUCCACACCUGGCCCCCUCCAGACCUCCUGCAGCACCGCCCGUGUGCACUUGCUAACACGCAGAAGUCAGCUUUGCAGAAGAGCUUUCCGUGGCUCCCCAUUGCCUUCGGGACAACGGUCUCAGCAGGUGAGUUCACAGGAAGCGCAGAGGAAACCCACUACAAGAACGACACUCCCCCCUCCCCACAGACCCCCGCAGCACUGUGUAUGUCACGGGGGCCUUCCAGGUGCGAGGCCAUGUGCUAGGGAUAAGCAGAGACAGGCUUGGGCCCUGUGUUUAGAAGCUUAUACAUUUUUCACAAGACAGGUCAACAGGUACCCAACAAUAAUGUGUAUUUUAAUGUUUAAGUCCUGGAAGUGCUCUUAGAAAUCAUGGGCCUUGCCCAACUGCCUCUCAUUUUACAGUAGUGGAAACUGAUGUCCCAGAAUUGGCAAAUUAUAAAGAAAAACUUGUCUCAUAAGAGGUCUCCCUGCUUCUACUCUGCCUCCACCACCAGGAGCCCCUCUGCACCCUGCAGCCAGAGCCAUCUGUCUGAGCAGCGUGUCACCUGGUCACUCCCAUGAGAAAGCUUUCUGUGGCUCCCACUGGCCUACAAUAGAAGCCAAACAUCCUCCCAGACCCGUGGUGCCCAGGGUGUCAGGUCCACGCAGCCCGGUCAUUCCCUGUGAUGAGAAUGUCCUUCCGUUUCAGGACUAAUGGCCCCUCCUCAGGGCUGCCCUCCCUGACCAUCCAUGCAAGGCAGGUGCACGGCCCCACUCAUUCCCUUCCCAUCACCCUGAUUGGAUGUGUUCAGAGCACAUAAUACCAUCCACAUCCUCUUGUUUGUUUACUGAUUUUUCUUCUUUCAUAUCUGGGUCAACUUACUAGAGGCUAAGCUGCAGAGGGCUGAGAUUUGCCUCUAUCACUAGCACCUACAACAUACUUGGCUCAUAGUUGACACAAGAAAUCUUUGCUGAAUGACUAAACCAAGAAAUGAAUACAUAUCACUGGAAAUUUGAAAACGUAAAAUAGCAUAAAGAAGCAAAUAAAAUCACUCAUACUUCCUCCUUCUGGAUAUUACUGCUGUUAGUAUUUUUUCAGGUCUUUUUUAAUGUAUAUGUAUGAUGUAUAGUGUGUAUUUAACAAAAUUAAGAUUAUGUUAAAUUAUGGUUUGUAUCCUGCUUUUUUUCACUUAUAUUGUAUCUCCACAUGUUGUAAAAUAAUCUUUUAAAAUACUUUUUAAGUGCUGCAUAAAAUUUCAUAUGGAUGUAAUAAAAUUAACUUAAGCAUU